GUUUUUCUUCGACAUCUUUUACUCGAAAUUCUCCUAGUUCGCCCCCAAGAUGUAUUCAGAGCCGCCACAAAAUACACAGGGUACACAGACUAUACCACAACCAACUCCAGCUCCACCAAUAUGUGUGCCCCUAUUGAUGGUUGAUGAGGAUGGGAAGAAGCGUUAUUGCUAUCAUGGCGGCAAGUGCCGUUGUGAGACUUGUGCAAGAAUUCGCCAGGAUCAAUUGGACGAAUUGGACAGGAAUCUAGAUGAGUUCGUGCCACACAGUCGCCUCAAACUGGAACCGGCAAUUCGUCAGGCAAAGCAAAAGCAAUACACACUGCAGGCAACUCGUACAUCUCCACAAAUGGCCAAAAUGCUGUUGGAUGAUCAUCUGCGUCUAAUCAGGGAAUAUCCCAUCUAUUAUCUGCCGGAUAAAUAUUAUGUGAAAGAUGCUUGGAGAGUGGUGGGACCUCAGGAAGUGGGCACCCAAACGGAGAUUCCUAUUGGCAACUACGGCAUCGAUGGCUGCCCGUGCCCGGAAAAGUCCGUUUGCUGGGAUAUUUAACUUAGAAAGCAAUUACAUAUUCUAAAAUUGUGCAAUAUUAUCGCUAGGAGAAUAAAGAGUAAAGAUGAGAAUCAAAAAAAAAAAAAA